AUGAUAAGACGUCCUCGAUUUUUAAGUCCUUAAGAAAGAGUGAAAUCCCCCCCUACUCAAGUAAACUUACAUCUUCCACGCAAGUAGUCUCUUUUAAUGUCUGUAAGAACUAAUAUUAAUUAGACUGGUCCUUAUGUAUUUGAUUGCUCCUAAAUUAUUGGAAAAGGAUAAUAUUCUGUUGUGUAUAAAGGAUACGAAUAGAAUAAGCCGAAUCAAGUAGUGGCGGUUAAAGUGAUAACAAUCUAACCUAACAAUCCAAUUCAAAAGUACAUGAUUGAAAACGAAAUCAACACUCUUAAACUUUUGGAUUCACCUCACAUACUUAAACUGUUAUAUCAUAAUCAGAACAAUAAAACUGUAUUUUUAGUGACUGAAUUUUGCAACAAAGGUAAUAAAUCUCAAUAAAUUGAUAGGUGAUCUUUUAUAAAAAUUAUAACGAUCUCUAAUUUCAGAAGAAGAGGCAUUACAAUAUACUCUACAAAUUGCAAAGGCUUUACAGAAUAUUCAUUAACAUAAUAUAAGUAAGUUUGCAUUCAAAUAUCGCUAGUGCAUGGAGAUAUUAAAUCUGCAAACAUAUUACUAUCAGAUAGAUGUGUUUUAGCAGACUUUGGAUUUGCAUAGAAAAUAGAUUAGGCUUAAUAAACGUUUAUAAUAGGAACACCUCUAUAUAUGGCACCAGAAGUUCUCUUCGAUAAUGAGAUCAAUUGCUAAGCAGAUAUGUGGUCUUUAGGUUGUGUGUUAUAUGAGAUGGUAUAUGGAUAAUCUCCAUUUUAUUCUGACAACAAUGAUAUAUUGAAAAAUACAUUAUUAAAGUUCAAAGAACAUGGUAAAUUAUCAUUUCCAAAUACUGGGGUUUCUAAGAAAAUUUAAGCCUUAAUCUAAUACUUAAUUAAAAUAGAUCCAAAUCAAAGAUUAACAGCUAGUGAAACUGUUUCUUUACUUGAACCAAGAAAUGUUGAUGAAUAGAUAAAAUUAAAUGAAAGCUAAAUUAAAAUUAAACAAGAACUAUUAAACUUAGAUGAAAAAGAAGCAAUUGUUUAAAUACCUUAAUAAUAAUAAUAAUAGAUCAACUUUAAUGAUAGCAAUAUUAAUUCUAAUUCAUAAUCAAAUUAAACUCCUAUUUAGGAUAUUCAAUCUACCCCUGAUAACUAAAAAAAUACAAGGGACAACAAUUCAUAAGAGGAACAUAGAAGAAGUACAAAAAAUAGUAAUUCAAGUGCUAAGAGGAAAAAACUAUAGCAAUAACUAAAUAAUAUGAAUUAAAAGAAUAUAGUAUCAUAAGUUAAUUAUAAUCCUUCAUAAUAAAAUUUGUAGUAAAAUACUUAAAACUCUGAGGUAAAGAAAGUUCCAUUAAAAACUCCUUAAUAUCCAUCAUAAAUUAAUCUGACUAAUAACACCAACAAUAAUAACAAUAACAAAAAUAAUAACAAUAAUAACUGUAAUAAUAAUAAUAAUAAUAAUAAUAAUAACAACAAUAACAACAAUAAUAACAAUAAUAACAAUAACAACAAUAAUAAUAACAAUAAUAAUAAUAUUAAUAAUAAUAACAAAAAUAAUGACAAUAAUCCUAAUAAUACUAGUUCAAAUAAUAAAACUAUUUCGCUAUUAGAUUUGGUUAAUUAUUUUUAUAAAGUAUAUUAAUUAAUACUAAAUGGGAAAGAAAUUAAGUUAGCUUUUAUUUAUCUAAAGCUUGUAAACAUUUACUAUUUAGCUUAUUUGGAGGAAUAGUCUAAAUAAUAGAAAAAAGUAAUAUUUGUUAGUUGCCAAAAUGAUUACUUUGAGUUAGAAAGGGAGAUUAAGAAUAAAUAUCCUUUAUGGUUGAAAGAAGAGGAAUUUUAAAAAAUAUUUCACAGCAAAUUUACUCUUACAUAAGAUUUUCUAAGAUAUUCACUGAAUUAUUUGAAUAAAGCAGCCGUUGAUUAACAGCAAGAUGAAAAAAUAACAGAAAAAAUUAAGAAAACUCUUCAAAUAAUACAAAUUCUUGUAUCGAAUGAGAGAAGUAGCACACUUUAAUUAGAUUAAUAGAUUAUACGGCUUCAUAGACUUAAUUCUAAAGUUUGA